AUGUUUCAUACAGUCAGUAUGCAGUUUGAAGCAGAUUGUAUGAUUUAUUUACAAGCUACAGUUGCUGAGCCAUUAGCUAUGGCGUUUACAUUAACAUCUAUCUUGAGAUCAUCUAAUGUCAUUGAAUUUAUGAAACAUUGGCAUCAACUAACUGUACGUGAUAAUAAACUAUUAUCAACCGCAAUUGAAAUGAAUUGUGAAGAAUCAGCAUUGGCAUCGCUUCAAACGAGAGAAUUACAGCGAAUAAGGAUCGAACAAAAAGGUCCCUUAUGUGAUACAUUGUUUUUAUCGUAUCAUCAAAAUAUUCACAAAUAA